UUGACCUCUGACCUUACAAGCUCUGGUAUUAAAAUUCAACUUGAAAUGGAGUUUAGUAAAAGUAAAAAGAAUGUCAGGGCCCAUCUAGGAGACUAUCCAACCAGGCUCCAGCUGUACAAGACUCCUCCAAACGAGACCAUCAGUCUAAAAGAGUUUGAAGAGCUGGCAGAGCAGAGACUUAAAAUGCUUCAGAAAUUAGACAAUAUUCGUCAGAGGGCCUCACGAGAAGGGAAGCACAAAGGAGACGAGAAUUAUAUCAAGGACGUCAAGACUGGACCACUCAAAGACAUGCCACUUACUCGUUUGCCUGAUGAUUCCACAAAAGAAAAAAAUCACAGUGUCAUCGCUAAGGUUGUGGGAGAGCGGAGGAGAGACCACCUCUCACACUACAUACUCCGGCUGGCCUACUGUAGAACGGAGGACAUGAGGCGGUGGUUUCUGGGGCUGGAAACAGAGUUGCUGAGAAUGAGAUUUAGAGAAUUGUUAGGGUUUUCCGAGCGAGCAGAGUUCUUUAACAGCUACAAAGAUGACUUCAACUUUGAUGUUGUCAGUAGGGAAGACAGUGAGCUGAAGGAUGAAGAACUGAAUUUCUAUCAAAAUAAUCCUGACAGCUUCUACAUUGUACCAUUUGCUGACGCCCUGGACUUGGUUCAGAGCAGACAAGUGGUCAUCAAGAGUGGCGCUGUGUACAUACCCGUCAACAAUGAGGAAAUGAUUGCUCGUUUGGUGUGCAACAAGUUCAGACAGAAGCUUUCUGAGGAACUAGUGAAGACCCGCAACCACCUACCAGUGGUGGAUGAUGAUGAGAGGAUUGCCCCCAUGCUCAAGACCAUCAAACAUCGCUACCUUGGUGAGGACUUCUCCAGUGUGGGAGAGAAUCUGCAGGGAAGCAUCUCACUGGCCCAGAUUGACUCCGUCUCGAAGCAGUCCUUUCCUCCCUGUAUGAGAAGCUUGCAUGAAACCCUGCGCAAAGAACACCAUCUGAGGCACUUCGGUCGUCUACAGUACGGACUGUUCCUCAAGAGCAUUGGACUCACACUGGACCAAGCUAUGGCCUUCUGGAGAGCAGAGUUUGUCAAAAAAAUGGAACCAGAGAAGUUUGAGAAGCAGUAUGCAUACAAUGUGAGACACAGCUAUGGUAAAGAGGGCAAGAGGGCCAACUACACUCCCUACAGUUGCCUCAAGAUCAUUCUCUCCAACAACCCAGGCCAGGGAGACCAUCACGGGUGUCCUUUUCGUCACUGGGAUGAUAGUCACAUUCGACAGAUGCUCACCACUCAUGGAGUUUCACAUAAAGGAGUCACUAACAUCACCGCCUAUCUGAAGGAUGGCCACUAUCAACUAGCCUGUCAGAAGUACUAUGAGAUCACUCAUGCUAUUGAAGCUGCCCCUUUCAGUUUGGAGCACCCCUCUCAGUAUUUCCGGGAGAGCCGAAUGCAGCGUGGGCACACUGGUGGUAAACAAGAGACAAGACUGCCAACUGUAAAGACUGAAGUGAAAGCAGAGGAUGAUUUUUGUGGAGAUAUAUCAAUUCAAGACAUGCAGAACUUUGAAGAAGAAAUGGACCAAUUCUAGCUAUGUUCUAGUUAUAUCCUACACCACCUGUACCACAUGCUCUCUGUUAUCUUUCUGUUUUGUUGGAUUUACUGUGCUGCUGUAUGUACUGUACUAGCUGCUGUACUGUGCUACACCUCCACGCCUACAUUUAUUACAUUUAA